AUGUCCGCCCCCUUGGUUCCCCAGCAGCAGCAGGGCGAGCUGAGCGAGGCGGAACAGGAGGCGCUGCUGCGGGCUAAGUAUGGCGGCAUGCUGAAGAAGAAGCCACUGCUGCCAAAGGACCGCAAACACUUUGACUCGGCAGACUGGCAGCUGGCCAAGCAGGGGGUCCCCACGGUGCAGCCGCAGCUGGAGCCCAAGCUGAACCCUUCAGCGCCACCGGCGCGCCGCUCCUCCCAGCUGGGUGACGGCCAGUAG